UUUUCGCUUUUUUCAAACGAUAAUACAAUUUUUUAAAUAGAAAGUUAAAAUAUCGGACGAAAAUUUGAUUUCGAUUAGUGAAAAAUAUGGCGAAAAUUCAUAUUGAAAUUAGUAUUUCUGUUUUUAGAAUAAAAUUUUAAUGCUAAUUAAAUGCAGUUCCAGAUUCCAUUUUUUUGACCUGUUUUGAUUUAUUUUUAAUUUAGAAGACUUCUUAAUUAAUCAUUUUUAAUCUUAAUGUUAAUCUUAAUGUUUUAAUAAUAUUAAAUGAUUUGUUAAUGAAAAAAACUAUAAAAUUAGGACUUAUUAUUAUUUACUUUUUUUAAUUUUUUGUUAUAAUAAAUAAUGGAAGUUGUUGAUGACAGUGGCAUAGAUUGUGAAGCAGGCGACCUACCCAAAUCAGCCUUAUCUUUAAUGAAGGACGGCCAAAAAAAGAUACUAAAGAAUAGUGACAAUUCAAUAAAAAAUGAAGACAUCCACAUUGUUGGAAGUAUUAAAAAUAAUAGUGAACAAACUGGAAAUCAGAAUAAAAAUGAAAACUUUAUUAAAGAUUCAGUGAAUAAAAUUAGUGUUGUGGAUGAUAAAAAUGAUUUUUCAGACGAAGAGGUAGAGAUUGAUAAUGUGAAUGUCAACAGGAGUAUUAACCAAAGGCCACUGCAUAAAAAAUUAGACAACCACCUAGCUAGCUACAAAAAGAAUAACAACAGCAACAACAACAACAAUAAUAACAAUAAUAACAACAGCAACAACAAUCAGACUCUAAGACAUCAUGUUAUAUCUAGAAAUAGACUUCUGGUACCCAGUAAAGCAGACGUGUCAUCGGAAACAGACAUUCAACCUCUUGUUGUUAUUGACAUUGACGACAGCGAAGACGAGUUUGCUAUUCCGAAACUUUCAAAAAAGGCCCACAGCGAAAUGAUGCAGCAGCUGUCGAAGGACGGAUAUAACCUUGACCUAGACCCCGACGAAGACGACCUUGACCUCAUUCCUCCGCGACCUCUCAACGAACGGGAAAUAUUGAAUUCAAGUAUCCAAGUCUUAUUUUACAACCGUAAUAUAAGCAAUUUGAGAUUGGCAGAGGCCUUUAUUAAUAGAGAAUAGAAACCCUGUAAUAGACAUCCAACAACAGGUUGUAACCAUCCUACCGACCAAGAAAUUAAAUUACUCACACAAUGAAAUAGUGGAGUUAAAAAAUAAAAAUACUAUAAAUACCAGAUGAACUACAUGUAACAAUAUCAAAAACUCUAUUACACUGAUGAUGGUAAAGGCUACCAAAAAAGCUUUUUUUUAUGUAAAUGUAUAUAUGAAAAAUGCAGUCUAAAAUAAUUAGAGAUUUUAUUAAUAAUUUGAAUAAAUUAAAUAAUA